UAAUGGAACAAAAAUGAAAUAACCCCCAAAACGAUGAGGAGCAUGCUCUCUAAUUAAAUCACACUUUUCUGUGUUGCCACCGCCGCAAGCUGUAGCCCAUCGACGCCAUUGUUGCCGCGCCUUCCGCUUCUCUUUUAUCCAAAGAUGGGCAGCGAAAGUGAGAAAGGGAGAGAAGAAGAGGAAGAGGAAGAUAUAGUUUGCUUAGACGAGUCCUUCUUCGUCAACGAUGAUUAUCAGUUGACGACCUUUACGUUUGGGUCCAACGUUCUUGAGCUCUACUGUCUCCAAUCAGCUUCAACUGAUUUUGAUUUAACAGGGCAACUGGUUUGGCCUGGUGCUAUGCUUAUGAACCGUUAUCUCUCAGAUAAUGCCGACAUUCUCCAAGGAUGUUCCGUUUUGGAGUUUGGAUCUGGCGUUGGUAUAACAGGAGUCCUCUGUAGCAAAUUUUGCCGCAAAGUUGUUUUUACUGACCACAACGACGAAGUGCUCAAGAUACUGAAGAAAAACAUCGAGCUUCAUGAACAUUCAAGCCCCUCCGCUGAAUUAGAGGCUGCAAAGCUAGAAUGGGGAAACACUGAUCAUCUUGGUGAAAUCUUACAGAAACACUGUGAUGGCUUUGAUCUUAUUCUUGGAGCUGAUAUCUGCUUUCAGCAAUCUAGCGUGCCGUUGCUAUUUGACAGUGUAGAACAGCUUCUUCGGAUCAGAGGACAUGGAAAUUGCAAGUUCAUACUAGCAUACGUAUCACGGGCUAGACAGAUGGACUCAGCGAUCAUGAAGGAAGGCUCUCAGCACGGGAUGCUGAUGAAUGAAGUUCCUGGGACUAGGUGUACCGUGGGGAACUUGGAAGGUGUUAUAUUUGAGAUUACUCUUAAAUAAUAUAAGGAAACGCAUAAUAUUUGGAGUAGUUUCCUCCUUUUAUGUUUUUAUAGCUGCAUACAUUUGGUGAAAGUAUGCAUUGACAUUGUGGAUGCUUUGAAGAUAAUCCACACCGGUUGGUGAAGAACUGUUGCAACUACAUUAUCUUCUUUUUGAUAGUUGCUGGAGCUAAUAAUUGCGUGACCUUCAAAAGUAAUUUCUGAACAGAUCCUAGUAGUUGUGAUAUCAAUCUCAUGUAUCUCUGAGUCACACUAAAGAGAUUAGCAUACCUUAUAA